AAAACAAAAACAAACAAACAAAAAAGGCAACAGGGGGUCUAUUCUGAAGGUAGGGGGUAUUUCAAUUGAUCACACUUUGCUCUCUUCUCACUACUAAACUUGACCAGACUUUUAAAAAAGUAAUAAUAAUAACAACAGAUGCAGCAAAGUUAAGAUUAUGCCAGGAGCCUGGUAGCCUGCUGUCUGGGGGAGAAACCACACUUUAGAAAAGGGGAGUUUUGUUAAAUCCUGUUACCCUUAACUGUAAAUGCCUACCUUUAUUUAAUAAUCUAUUCCUCUCUUGUGUUUUGAUCGCUUUCUAAGUCCUUCACUGACAGGCAGUAUCAAAGUUCCUGUCGUCACUCCUAGGGUCACACUGAAACAGACUACUGUGGAAUUGCAACCUCUGCAAAUAGUUGAAGACCUAGAGAAUAAAGACCCCCAUGCUGUAGAACGGCAGUGCGGGCGUCUCUCAGGGAGGGUGAGAUUCUGAAAUCCCUGAAUUCCAUCUCCAGUACCAAGGUGAUGGGGAGUAAAAUAAAGAGUUAUAAGGCGCUGGAGAGAUGGCUCAGUGGUUAGGAACAUUUGCUGCUCUUGUCAAAUGAUCUGGAUUCCCAAAACUCUCAUGGCUAACAACCUUUGGUAACUCUAAUUCCAGGAUAUCUGAUGCCCUCUUCUGGCCUCUGUGUGCACUGCACACAUUGUGUAUUAGAGAUGUUACUCCCACUCACUCCAUCCCACCCCACCUGCCACCCCCAUAGUGAGAUACUCUCACUAUGUGACUCUGGCUGUCUUGGAACUCACCAUGUACACUAGGCUGAACUUGAAUCCACAGAGAUCCGCCUGCCUCUGCCUCCGGAGUUCUGGGAUUACAGCCUCUGGCAGCUCCAGUGCAAUGAGGAAGGCGAACCACCGAGAUGCCUCUUAGUCCUCCACGGUGCUUAGAGAGACCUUGGGAAUACAAGUCCUGUCCGCGGGGGAUAAAGACGCACUUCCGGCUGGGUUUGUUUUUCUCACUUUCAUCAGCUAAAGUGAGACUUAAUGGCCAUGGUUGCGGGUGUGUUGUGUCGGUAGGGGCCAUUUCGGGGCCUCGUUUGUGAAAGAGAGUGGAAGUACGCCCCGUUUUGCCCUUCUAGAAACAAGUUCGAGCUGGACGGUCCAGAGAUUCCAAUGGCUGCGGGUGUCGGGGUCGCCGCGCCACCGCUCGGUGCCGGGCUUUGUACGGUGAAAGUGGAGGAGGACUCACCCGGAAAUCAGAAGCCCUCGGGACCCGAGGAUUGGCAGAACCCCGAAACUUCUCGACAACAGUUCAGGCAGUUGCGCUACCAGGAAGUGGCGGGCCCCGAAGAAGCGCUGAGCCGACUCUGGGAGCUCUGUCGGCGGUGGCUGAGGCCAGAGCUGCGCUCCAAGGAGCAGAUCCUGGAGCUGCUGGUGCUGGAGCAGUUCCUCACCAUCCUGCCGCAGGAGCUCCAGGCCUGCGUGCGGGACCUCUGCCCUGAGAGCGGGGAGGAGGCUGCGGCUUUGGUGCGGACUAUACAAAGAGUUCUGGACCGGGCCUCCCCACAGUUCAGUGCGUCAGCUUCUCGAGGGUUGGCCUUCCCUCCACAGUCAAACCUGUCUGGAAAUGCUGCACAGGGCCUUGUGACUUUCAAGGAUGUGGCCGACUCCCUGACCUGGGAAGAGUGGGAGCAGCUGGCCGCAGCUCGGAAGAGUUUCUGCAGAGAGAGCAUGAAGGACCCUGAUGGCACAGUUCUGCCCGGCUUGGAAACCAGAGCUUCAAGCGCAGACUGGAUUCCAAAGCAAGAAACUUUAAAGGAAGCAGAAUCCCAGGCAUGGGUACAAGAAGUGUCCCAGGGAAAGGUCCCACUAUUUACCAAGUGUGAUGAUACUGUUGAGGACUGGGAAGAAAAGCUGCCAAAAGACACUGUAUUGUUGCAGCUCCAGCGUUCUCCUGAAGAGCAAGGAUGCGCUGCCAUCCCUCAUCUAAUCGGUGUGUCCAAGGAAGGAGUUUCUGAGAGUAAUGAAUUUGGGAACAGUGCCAGCUUUGGCCUUGGUCAGCACAUCCAGACAGCAAAGAAUCUCAGUGCCACUGGUGCAUAUGGGAAUGACCACAAACAAGGUUUCCAUGUGAAAUGCCAUACAGCGAAACCUCACAACUCUGUUGACAGUAGUUUGGGGCUCCAUGAGGACAAACCCUACAAAUGUGACAGCUGUGAGAAGAGGUUCAGACAGCGCUCAGACCUCUUUAAACACCAGAGGACCCACACAGGUGAGAAGCCCUAUCAGUGCCAAGCAUGUGGGAAAAGCUUCAGCCAGAGUGCUGCCCUUGUUAAACACCAGCGGACACACACAGGUGAGAGGCCGUAUGCGUGCCCAGAGUGUGGGGAAUGCUUCAGGCAGAGCUCGCACCUCAGUCGGCAUCAGAGGACCCAUGCCAGCGAGAAGUACUGUAAAUGUGAGGAGUGCGGGGAGGUCUUUCAUAUCUCUAGCCUUUGUAGACAUCAGAGACUCCAUAAAGGGGAGAGACCAUACAAAUGUCAGGACUGCCAGAAGAGCUUCAAACAGCGCUCAGACCUCUUUAAGCAUCAGAGAAUCCACACAGGAGAGAAGCCCUAUGUGUGUUUUGUCUGUGGGAAAAGCUUCAGUCAGAGUGCAACCCUCAUUAAACACCAGAGAACUCACACAGGAGAAAAACCUUAUACAUGUCUUCAGUGUGGUGAAAGAUUUAGACAGAGUACACACCUUGUCCGACACCAGAGAAUCCACCGAACCAUAGUCUCCUAGCUUUCAUGUGUUCCUGUGUGACUUGUGGGUGUUUUUGCUGUUGCUGCUAUUUUUGAGAAAAGGUCUCACUGUGCAGCCCUGACUGACCUGGAAGAAGCUAUAUAAAGCAGGCUGGCCUCAAAUGUGGAGACCAACCUGCCUCCGCCUUCAUCUCCUGAGUGCUGAGAUUAAAGGUGUGUACCACCAUGCCCAGCA